CAUGACCCCGGAUCCAGGUGGGCUGGGCCUGAAUGCUCAAGCGACGGUCGGACCGGAAUCACUUCAGCUCGCAGAGCUGAGUCUCACCCGGUCCGGUCGAAGCCCGAGAACACAGAUCAAAUCAAAGUGAUCUGCAAACAACUUCAUUUUCUCCUGACUUCGAGCUUGAAGAUGAUUUAGGGCUUCGACCAUAGCUUUAGGCGCUGCUUCCUCCGCCUGAAGAUACCGACACAGUACGAGCAAAGCCACCCGCGAGUCGGCCGGAGUUGUCUCGGCAUACGCCCGAGAUCGCUCCUACAGUUGAGCCUUCAACGUAAAAGCCGUCGACGUUAACUUUGAGGACGCUUGGCUUCGGAGUGAGAUUCCAAGUUCAAUGGGCCGAAAAGCAGGUGCACCGUACAUCAACCCCAAAAAAUUUGGUUCACUUCAAAAGCCUUGCAUGAAGGAAAUGAUAUCAUUUCUCAACUGCUUGGCACUAAGCCAUAACAACGAUGAUAAAUGCGUCCGGCAAAAGGAACUUUUGAGUGCUUGCAUGGAUGCUCAGAGUGGAAGAAACAGAAAGGUUGGGGGAAGCAUUAAUUAUCACCUGCAGAGGCUUAACAGGGGAAGGAAGUAGUUCAGUCGUGUAGAGCUGCUGGGUCAAAUUGAUAAGAGUUUCCAAUUGAAGAGGCCAAGUAGAAGAUGAGUCAGUGCCGAGUCUGAACAUUUCAGCAAGUCCGCGUCUGUUCCCCCAUUUGAAAAAUUUUGAAACUUGGUUCUCUUCACUUGGUUUAAGUUUUUAUUUUUAGGAAACUCAUGAUUUGACAGGAGUACGUCAUUAUCAAAGAGCUGAAGCUCUAUAGGAA